CCCUCGUAUUCUAUAUUUCUUGGCCGCCAAAUUCACAAAGCUCUUCGAAACCUCUUAGCUAAAACACGGUUAAAGAUCGUCUGAUCAAGUCGAUUCGACUCGAACAAGAAGACGAAGAGUCUGCAAAUUGUGAAGCACAGGAAAAUGUCGUGGCAAACCUAUGUAGAUGAGCACUUGAUGUGCGAUAUGGAAGGCAAUCAGCUCACUUCUGCUUCUAUCGUCGGCCAAGACGGCGUCGUUUGGGCUCAGAGCGCCUCUUUUCCCCAGUUUAAGCCUGAAGAAAUAACUGCUAUAAUGAAUGAUUUUUCUGAACCUGGGUCGCUUGCACCAACUGGCUUAUACUUUGGUGGCACUAAGUAUAUGGUGAUCCAAGGUGAACCAGGGGCCGUCAUACGAGGAAAGAAGGGCCCUGGUGGUGUUACUAUCAAGAAGACUAAUCAAGCUUUGAUCAUCGGAAUAUAUGACGAGCCUAUGACUCCCGGGCAAUGCAACAUGAUUGUUGAAAGGCUAGGGGAUUAUCUCAUUGAUCAGGGUCUCUAGUUGUUCUAGUUUGUUUACUUUUAUUUUUAUCUUUUAUUUUUUUUGACUUUUUUCGGAUGAGGGUCUGUAUUUUUUUUUCCCCUCUGGGAGCUUGCAUCAACCUAUUUGAAGUUGGAUGGUGUAUUUUAUGUAAUUAGAAGUGAUGCUGGUGAACUGUGUGGAUUGGUACAAUAUAUAUAUAUAUAUGUGGUCUCCUGUAUGAACUAUUUGUCAUUGUCCUCUCCCUGUGGAAGGGAUUAUGUUAAUGAUAUGGGAUGUUCAUGGAAAUGGAGGUGUUCUUGGUAGACUUUUUUCAUAUUUAUUUUAUUCAUUGUUGCCAGUUGAUCUGGAAAUAUAUGCCCUUGUGUUAGAAACUUGAAAGAGCCAGUUUUAUUAAU